CUGAGGGUGCAGCUGGUAGAAGCGAGGAACCUGCCGCGGAUGGACCUGCUCUCGGGCUGUGACGCGUACUGCGUGUUGUUCGUCAACGCGUGCUCGGGGCUGUCUACCUUUGCGUCGGAGGUGAUCAACAAGAACGUCAACCCGGUGUGGAAGCAAGACUUCGAGUGGAGGAUGACGAGUCAGACCAAGGUUCUGAGCGUCACCUUGUGGGACAAGGAU